CUAAUAAAUACACAUCGUUCAAAAAUUUAUUUUAAUUAUAAUUGCGAUGAUUUUUUUCAGCUGACGAAUGUCUGGAAUCGACGUUGUAGCACUAAUCAGUGUGUGUCUGAUAUGUUACCGACUUGAAAAUCAUUCGGAAGCAUAUAAACUAUCUACAGUAAAUUUAUUUACAAGCAGUUCACCAUACAAUCAUAACAUUCGACUGAGUAAAGGAAGAUGCAUCAAUAGAUACGAAGAAUGUAUUAAAUAUUAUUCGGUUUCUUUUCCUAAUGCUGUUGAUAUUACCCAAAACGAAUUGACUAAUCAUACAAAUAAUAUACUAUGCACUAAAGUACCACGCGAGAAAACUUAUAGUACUUUCUGUGGAAGCAAAGUGCAAGAAUCUAUCUUAGAUCAUACAAUGAUUCCUAUGAAUGGCAAAAAUAAGGAUGCAAUUGGUAUGAGUUCUGACGAUAAACCAGAGUUGGAAUGUCACUCGCAGCAUCAUGACGAUGAAGCAGAAAAUGUAUAUAGUGUUUCUGAAAAAGAGGAAUCUGGUAUAACUACAUCGCAAGCGUUGACCAAUAUAGUCAUGACUGUUGAAUAUGAUGGUGGUGAGUAUAGCGGUUUUGUAGGACCAAACCAUUUCUACAACGAAGAAAAGGCUAAAAUGUUAGCUACUGUGGUAAUGCCACGGACUAAACAAAAGGGUGUUCUGAAAAGUAUCAGUAAUGAAAUUUCACGUGCCAUGGCCAUUAUUCAUGGAUACAUGCCUAAAUCAAGAAAAAAGAAACGCACAAAUUGUGAACCGUUGACGACAGAAUUGGAAGAAAACAAUGAGGAUGAUGUCCAUUGUCCGGAUACGUUGCCCCCUGAACGAAGAUUUACACUUAUAGCGUCAAGCCGUACAGACAAAGGUGUCCAUGCUACAGAAACGGCAUGUCAAUAUUUGUCCUUCGACAAAGAACCGCCCUACAACGGUGAUAUUGACGCCAUUAUGGAUAAAGUCAACAGGUUACUACCCGAUGACAUCAGGGUAACAGCAAUGAUACACGCCCCUACACUCGAUUUCCACGUGCGUUUUGACAACCUCGGGAAGCAUUAUACCUAUAAGGUGGACAUAUCAGAAACACCCAAUAUUUUUGAAAGAAAGUAUUAUUGGCAAAUUAUGAAAGAUUCUCAAUUCCGAAACACCCUAAUGAAAAAAUACAACGACGUGAGACAGCAUUUCUCAUUCGAGAGUAUGCAGAAAGGAGCCAAUGUAAUCCAAGGCACUCAUAACUUUGAGGGAUUCCGUAAGAAGAGCAGGGGUAAUGAAAAGGCAUUAAUAAAGGACCCCAUCUGUACAAUAGAAAGAAUUGACAUUAAACGUGACAGAGAUGAUGCAGAAAAUAAAUUUCAUAUCGCAGUUUAUGGCAACAGAUUCCUGUAUAAGAUGGUGCGCGGAAUUGUUAGCCACCUAGUGAUGGUUGGUUAUGGGAUUCUUACUCCACGGGACAUUGAACGCAUACUCGAAACGGGUGAGCCUCUUUCAGAGAUUCAGUAUGCACCUAGUAAUGGUUUAUAUCUUUCUAAAGUGAUUUUUGCCUCAGAAGUAGAAGCUCUGUUAAGUGCUUCGAAAGAGAGGCGCAUCAAAUAUCUCAAAGAGCUCUAUAAGCCAUCAAAUACAAUUGAACCUAAUCUAGCCAUCUAAUAUCUAAUCGCUAUUAACAU